AUGACUUCUUUGAAAUCACGAUCUGAGCUUAUUGAUCUUCUCAAGUCUAUCCUCAACGCUCGAAAUGAGACGAAAUGGGAAACUCUAGAAUCCUUAUUUCAGCCGAGUAUGUUGAUCGAUACAACAUCUCAGCCGCGCGAUAACUUCAUCGCAAAUCUACGCUCGGCUAGUGGAGUCUCAGUGACGCUUGAUAGCUGUGUGGUUGACGUAAACGCCCAAGCUGUUGCUGGGCGAGUCAUCAAGACCGAAACACUUCCCGAUGGUGAACGGUAUGAGUGUCAGGAGAUUAUCCUCACAUGGUUUAUCGACGGUCGCUUGAAAACUCUCAAGCGACUCAAAGACGUUGACUCUCGCUCUGCAAAACAAACUACAACUCCUUCGACUUUGGAAGAACUGAAACCUUCAAUUCUUGACCUUGCAGCACUGUAUCGCGAGUACAUCAAGAGCAUCAACGAUAAGACUAUGGAAGCAACCUUUUACAAGUUCUGCCAGCCGUCAGUGGCUCACAAUACCGUGAAGAAGACUAUUGCGGAGUAUAUAUCUUUGAUUUCAGACAGUCAAAGUGCCAUCCAAGGGCUGUUCUUUGAUAUUCGAGAUCUUAUCGUCGAUGAGGAUGCGGGGAGAGUUGCGGCUAGAUUGGAGUUUACUGGAGUUCCUGUGAAGGCAUGGGCUGGCGCUGAGCCUAAUGGGAAGAGUGUCAAGUUUCAUGAGCAUGUCAUGUAUUGGCUUGAUGAAGGCAGGAUUCACUGGGUUUGGUCCGUUGUUGACUUGGAUUCCUAUCGAAAGCAGCUUCAGUAG